CGCUCUGCAGCUCUUCAGUCCGCCGAUAAACCCACUAAAGAAAGAAAGAAAGUCAAACAUCAAGCGCUGCGUGUUCACAUCACUCUGAUUUUCUCUCUUUAGUGUUUUAAACAGAGUGUUGUGUGUGUGUGUUUGUGUUGAGAUGUUGAGGAUGACGUCACAGAUGUGCUGUAAAUCAGUGGGAACUGAUCUGUCCAUGCUGGAUAUUGAUGAUUUCAUCACAGAAAUCUGUCAGCUGAAGAAAGAGGUGGCGUUACUGGAGGAAAAGCUGAGGACAAGAGGAGAUGAACUCAACACUGAGGUUUUGUCGGCUCAAUCUUCAGUGUGUGUGAGUGACGGGAGCUCCACAGAACGUCUGGAUUCAGUGUGGAGCAGCAGAGAUCAGAGCACACCACAGCCACUGCUGGACAAACUCUCUGAACAGAAGUCCAGACACACACAGGACUCGGAGCUCAGCCUCACUUUACUCUGUUAUACUGACACAAACCCCACAGACGCUCAGGACACUGUGUGUGACAGUAAUCACACCUUGAAUCAGGAUGAAUCUACUGAUCAAACCUCCACAGAGUCUCUGGAUUCUGUCUGUAACGCUGGAGAACAGCAGAUCCUGAACACCAGACCACUCAACAUGUGUUCUGUCACACUGAUGGACUGCAGGAAACUCAUGGAGAUGAGAAGACAAACACCAGCAGAAGAAGAAGAUCACACUGAUGAAGAUGAGAAUCAUGACGAUGAUGAUGAUGAUUUCAUCCCUUCAGAUGAGAGCGGUGAUUCAUGUUGUGAUGGAGAAACGGCCUCUACAUCAAAACAGCGACUGACAGCACAAACUCUUUCCUGCAUCACCUGUGGAAAGACAUUCAGUUCACAGAGACGUUUAGAGACACAUGAGAGAAAACACACAGAACAGAAACUCUUCACCUGCACCAGAUGUGACAUCAGCUUUCCUACCUUUCAAGAGAAGAAACUUCAUUCACAAGAGCACAGAGACCAGAAACACUUUCACUGUCAUCAGUGUGGGAGAGCUUGUGUCUCGUCUUCUAGUCUGAACGCUCACAUGAGGACACACACUGGAGAAAAACCUUUCCACUGCAGUCAAUGUGACAAAUAUUUCAGCAGCAAACAAUAUCUUUUUACACAUAAGAGAAUUCACACGGGAGAAAAACCGUACGAGUGUCCUCACUGUGAGAAGAGAUUUAGCGAUGCAUCUAGUUUAAACAUGCAUGUGCGUCUGCUGCACACUAAUGAGAGACGUUACCACUGCAGUGAAUGUGACAAAUAUUUCAGAACCAAAGCAAAUCUUGUUACUCAUCAGAGAAUUCACACGGGGGAAAGACCGUACGCUUGUCCUCACUGUGAUAAGAGAUUCAACCACAAACCUCAUAUGAAGGAACACAUGCGUUUACACACUGAUGAGAUACCGUAUCAGUGCAGUGAAUGUGGAAAAACCUUUAGACAGUCACAUGGUCUGAAGGUACACCAGAGAACUCACUCUGAGGAGAAACUCUAUCAGUGUUCACACUGUGAUAAACGCUUCCGUGAGAAAUUUCAUCUGAUACGUCAUGAGAGAAUUCACACUGGAGAGAAACCUUACCUCUGCUCUCACUGUGGAAGGAGCUUUUCUACGCCAACGUCUUUCAGCUUUCAUGAGAGAAUUCACACUGGAGAGAAACCUUACCUCUGCUCUCACUGUGGAAAGAGAUUUUCUACGCCAACGUCUUUCAGCUUUCAUGAGAGAAUUCACACUGGAGAGAAACUUCAUCCCUGCAGUGUUUGUGGGAAGAGUUUUGCUCACCGUUCCUAUUUAGCGACACAUCAGAGACUUCAUACAGGUGAAAGACCUUACAAAUGUUCUCAGUGUGACAAGACGUUCAAUCAAGCAGUUUUCUUGAGAACCCAUGAGAGAGUUCACACUGGAGAGAAACCUCAUCGCUGCUCGGUCUGCGGCCAGAGAUUCGCUCAGUUAGGAAGUUUUCGAGCUCACGAAAAGAAACACGCAAAAGAACAAACUAAGUCCAGACACACACAGGACUCGGAGCUCAGCCUCACUUUACUCUGUUAUACUGACACAAACCCCACAGACGCUCAGGACACUGUGUGUGACAGUAAUCACACCUUGAAUCAGGAUGAAUCUACUGAUCAAACCUCCACAGAGUCUCUGGAUUCUGUCUGUAACGCUGGAGAACAGCAGAUCCUGAACACCAGACCACUCAACAUGUGUUCUGUCACACUGAUGGACUGCAGGAAACUCAUGGAGAUGAGAAGACAAACACCAGCAGAAGAAGAAGAUCACACUGAUGAAGAUGAGAAUCAUGACGAUGAUGAUGAUGAUUUCAUCCCUUCAGAUGAGAGCGGUGAUUCAUGUUGUGAUGGAGAAACGGCCUCUACAUCAAAACAGCGACUGACAGCACAAACUCUUUCCUGCAUCACCUGUGGAAAGACAUUCAGUUCACAGAGACGUUUAGAGACACAUGAGAGAAAACACACAGAACAGAAACUCUUCACCUGCACCAGAUGUGACAUCAGCUUUCCUACCUUACAAGAGAAGAAACUUCAUUCACAAGAGCACAGACACCAGAAACACUUUCACUGUCAGCAGUGUGGGAGAGCUUGUGUCUCGUCUUCUAGUCUGAACGCUCACAUGAGGACACACACUGGAGAAAAACCUUUCCACUGCAGUCAAUGUGACAAAUAUUUCAGCACCAAAGGAACUCUUGUUGCUCAUCAGAGAAUUCACACGGGAGAAAAACCGUACGCGUGUCCUCACUGUGACAAGAGAUUCAACCACAAACCUCAUCUGAAGAAACACAUGUGUUUACACACCGAUGAGAGACCGUAUGAGUGCAGUGAAUGUGGCAAAACCUUUAGGGAUUCAGGUUAUUUAAAAUCACACCUUAAAACACACUCUGAGGAGAAACUCUAUCAGUGUUCACACUGUGAUAAACGCUUCCGUCAGAAAUCUAAUCUGACAACUCAUGAGAGAGUUCACACUGGAGAGAAACCUUACCUCUGCUCUGACUGUGGAAAGAGAUUUUCUCAGUUAAGUAGUUUUUUCUUUCAUCAGAGAGUUCACACUGGAGAGAAACCUCAUCACUGCAGUGUUUGUGGGAAGAGUUUCACUCAACAUAAUAACUUACUAAAACACCAGAGAACUCACACAGGUGAAAGACUCUAUAAAUGUUCUCAGUGUGACAAGACGUUUGCUCGAUCAGAUGUCCUAAAAACCCAUGAGAGAGUUCACACUGGAGAGAAACCUUAUCACUGCUCCAUCUGUGGAGAGAGAUUCACUUAUUUAGGAAGUUUUAAUUCUCAUCAGAAGAAACAUGCUGAAGAACAAACUGCACUGGAAUCAUCAUAGUAGCGUCUUUUUUUAUCAAUCUGGAAUAAUUGUGCUCGUGUUUGUGAAAUUAAUUUUCUGCAGUCUGUGGAGUGAAUCGUCAGUUUGAUUGGGGCAGGUAGGGUCUUACACUGCAAGUCGUUAUUUUUGUAAUUUAUGAAUAGAACUGAACUUGUGUUGUUUGUCAUCAGAUUAAUUCCCUGAUAGCACACAUACAUCUGUGAGACGUCUAUUUGAUGUCUGCAUUUACAUCUGCAAGAAUGUUUUUUUGCUCAUCUGCAGUACGUCUCCAAGACAUCUGCUGUCAGAUGUAAAUGCAGACAUCAAAUAGACGUCUCCCAGAUGUAUGUGUGCUAUCAGGGUUGUCUGCGUUGUGACAACGUUGUUGUUUUGGGUUGUUGUGUUUUUUGCAGGUGCUUUGUUGUUACAUUGAAUAGAAAAUGUGACUUUUAUUUUGUAAUAUUUCUUGUUAAAACAAAUCUUGGAAUGUAACAACAUUUUGUGUUAGGAGCCAACAAUGCACAGAACUAUGUGUACAGAAUAGUAAAGAAGAAGAGAGCAAACCAGAGAAGAGGAACCAUUUUACAGAACAAUAGAUUGUUUGUGAAGUUAAAGUAAUCUUAAACGGUGAAAAGUUUAGGAUUCAUGAGGUGAAUUCAGAAAAGGUGUUGAUAUAUUUUUUUGUCAAAAUUGAGUUAUUUACAUAUUCUGUGACAACUUAUUUACACGUUUGUGUGAUGUUUUUUGUUACAUCAUGUAUAUGUUGGGACGUUUUUUAGAAAACAAAAAGGUUUUAUAUACAAAGUCAAAUAGAAUCCUAAAACGUGAAAGCUUGUUAUCUUAAAACUGCCCAGAAUGCAGAUAAUUCCUAGGUAACAAUAUUUUACAUUUUCCUGUUUUAUAAUUUGUUUUCCUUAUUUCUAUACUGUGUUUCUUCUGUUUUUACGGUUUGUUCUUAAAUCUAUUUUCUGUCAAGCUACUUUUCAAAAUUGUAAAUGAAAUCAUGAUCGUCACAUGAAAUUUAAAUGGCUGAAUUUCCCAAUAUCAUAUUUCUGCAAUACAGGAGACUACAGCUUCGAACAACAGUUCUGAAACUGUGUUUUCGUGGACGUUGCUCGGUGGCUUUGGUCAGGGUCGCUGAGUGCAGCUAUGACACGUCAGAGGAGAUCUGGCCCUCCCGGCUGAGCCUGGUUUCUCCCUAGGUUUUUUUCUCUCCAUUAUUCAUCAUUGGAGUUUGGGUUCCUCGCCACAGCACAGCAGUGCAGUGUUGGCUUGCUCACCGGGAGACUGCAUUUAUUUAUUUUUUUAUUCAUUUAUUUAUUAGAUGUUAUUUAUUAUAAUGAUCUUGCUUGGUCUAUAAACACCAUGCACUGUGCUGUGUUUUACCUUUCUGUGUUUUUCUGAUUUGCUCCUGUAAAGCUGCUUUGGAACAAUGCACAUUGUGAA